AUGAAUCACUUAUUCUGGAACUGUAGAGGUUUGGGAAAUCCUCGGACAGUCAGGUAUCUACGUUGUCUAGUACAACGGUAUUCCCCUAGCUUAGUUUUUCUAUCUGAAACUAAGUUAGUAAAAGCUAAGAUAGAUUGUAUUUUUCAAACUUUCGGUUAUGAUACUGUAGUCGUUGAUAGUGUGGGUAAUGGUGGUGGAUUAGUGGUUGGAUGGAAGGAAGGUGUCUCUGCUAAUCUCAGGUCUAUGUCUGCAAAUCAUAUAGACUUGGAUGUUAAACUGUCUCGUGGAGAUGACGUGUGGAGGUUUACGGGUUUUUAUGGUUUCCCUUCGGAAACUGAUAAAUUCAAAUCGUGGGAUCUUCUGGCAAAGUUGGGGUCAGAAAGUCAUGGUGCCUGGCUAAUUGGAGGAGAUUUUAAUGAGAUUCUUUGGCAAAAAGAAAGAGUGGGCGGUAGGCAUAGGGAGGAGCGGAAAAUGCAGGCUUUCAGAGAAGUUUUAGCAAAUUGCAAUCUUCGCGAUUUGGGGUUCAAGGGCAGCCAAUUUACGUGGAGUAGAGGGAAUGGAGAUAGAGAGCUGAUUUUUGAAAGACUUGAUCGUAUAGUGGGGAAUGGGGAGUGGAGUACCCUCUUUCCUAAUUAUUAUGCUCUAACGCUGUUGCGGAAAAACUCUGACCAUGCCCCAAUUCUUCUUGAGUCGUCUAAUCGGAGAGCCGUUCAUAGAAGGAGAAAGAAGGUUGCUCGUUUUGAAUCAAUGUGGAUCAGAAGGGACGAUUGCGAAAAUGUCAUCAAAGCUUCUUGGAAUACUACGAAUGGGGCUUUGCUUCCGAUGUGCGAUAGAACCAGCUCUUAUAUGAAUGAUUUACAGGUUUGGAACAAAGAUGUUGUUGGGAACCUGUCAGAAAAAAUUCAAAGGAAGAGGAAGCAACUCCUUGGGCUUCAACAAAAUGCAGCUAAUCGGAGCCAAUAUCAGCAGAUUCGUUGCGUAGAAGGUGAACUUGACGAGCUCCUCAGAUGUGAAGAAACUCUUUGGAUGCAGCGAUCUAAGGCUUUAUGGCUAAAAGAUGGCGACAAAAAUACUGCUUAUUUUCACCAAAAAGCUAGCCAACGCAAACGUCGAAAUCACAUUGAUGGGUUGUUCAAUUCAGAUGGAAUUUGGUGCGAGGGAGAAAAUGAAAUUAAUGGCGCAGCUACAGCUUAUUUUCAGCAACUUUUUACUUCAUCAAACCCGACGAAUAUGGGUGGUGCUCUAGCGGGGAUAAGCAAAACUUUGUCGACAGAUAGUAUUCAUCUUCUGAGCAGUCAGUAUACGAGAGAAGAAGUAGUUAGAGCCAUAAAUCAAAUGCAUUCCCAUAAGGCUCCGGGACCAGACGGUGAUUACAAACAGGCUGCAAAAUGUUCUUCCAGAGAUUAUUUCCCAAACUCAAAGCGCUUUUGUAAAGGCAGGCUAAUCUCUGAUAACAUCCUGGUUGCGUUCGAAAGUUUUCACAAAGGAAAAAAGGGGUACAUGGCAAUGAAGCUGGAUAUGAGCAAGGCCUAUGAUAGAGUAGAAUGGUGUUUUUUGGAAACCGUCAAGAACAAAAUGGGUUUCCCGACUCAAGUUGUCUCUUUAAUCAUGAAGUGUAUAACAUCUGUGUCUUUCUCCAUUAUGAUUAACCGCGUCCCCCAGAGCAAAUUUUCGCCUCAUCGUGGCCUCAGACAAGGUGAUCCUCUAUCGCCUUUUCUUUUUAUUAUGUGCGCAGAAGCUUUUUUAGGCUUGUUUACUAAUGCGGUCUCGGAAGGAAAAAUUCAUGGGAUUCGGAUUGCUCGGUCAGCCCCGGUUGUAUCACAUUUAUUUUUCGCGGAUGAUUCAAUUAUAUUUGCUAGAGCAUCGGAGAAAGAAGCAAAGGAAAUUCAAAGUAUUAUCAAAUGUUAUGAAGACGCAUCGGGACAAGUUAUUAAUUUUAAUAAAACAGCAAUUUCGUUUAGCCGGAAUAUUUCGAUGAGGGCUAAGAGAGGAAUCUCUAAUCUGUUACGGGUCCGGAGUGUUGUUCACCAUGAUAGAUAUCUUGGCCUUCCCACUUUUGUCGGUCGUUCUAAGCGUGAGAUUUUUAAUAUUUUCCUUGAGCGUGUUUGGAAGAAAUUGAGUAGUUGGAAAGAAAAGACUCUAUCAAAAGCGGCGAAAGAAGUUCUUCUCAAGUCUGUGAUUCAAGCUAUUCCGACAUAUACGAUGAGUGUCUUCAAAAUGCCGCUCAAUAUUUGUAGUGAGUUUCAAAGUUUAAUGGCAAAAUUUUGGUGGAAAAAUGGUUCUAGUGAAAGAGGUAUGCAUUGGGUUGGUUGGGAAAAGUUGUGUCGGUCGAAGUCAAGUGGUGGUCUGGGUUUUCAAAAUAUUGCCGCUUUUAAUUCAGCCAUGCUUGCUAAACAAGGUUGGCGGCUUCUUCAUGAGGAGAAUUCAUUAGUUGCUCAGGUUCUUAAAGCUCGAUACUACCCGCGUCACUCUUUUCUUGAAGCAAAACUAAAACCAGGUGCGAGUUACACUUGGCGUAGUAUUCACGGAGCCAUCCCGCUGCUGAAGCGCGGUGUUCGCUGGAAAAGGGAGGGUCUGUUUUAUGCCAAUCCGAAGAAUGCCGAUGUCAAUAUGGAGAUGACUGUUAGUGAGUUAUUUAAUCUGCAUGGGCAUGGUUGGAACGUGCAGAUGGUUGAGGAGUCUUGUUGUCCUGUUGAUGCUGAAUUCAUCAAAAAUUAUACUGCCGGCAAUCAGCAACCAGGGACAAAUUAA